AAUUGUAUAUAAAGAUAACCACCAGCUACUUUGUAAAUCACUGAACAAAAACAUGAACGGAAUUGUAUUUUGCGCCUCUUUCAUUGUCCCAAUCAUGGGAUUCUUAUUCGAGGGUAAUUCCCCUGGGCAUGAGCCAGGACCGGGAGUCGAAAGAUUUCCAAGAGACUGUCAGGACAUCCUUUGGGAAGGGUUUACUGAGAGUAAAGUGUAUCAAAUCUAUCCCCAGGGGUCGGGAGAACUGGACGUCUUCUGUGACCAACACACCGACGGGGGAGGAUGGACGGUUAUACAGAGAAGAUUUGAUGGAAUAAUUGACUUUUUUAGAAAUUGGAAAGACUACAAAUACGGAUUUGGAAACAAGACCGAUGAGUAUUGGCUUGGUAACCACAGGAUAUAUGAAAUUGUUCAGCAAGGUUUUUAUGAACUGAGAAUAGAUAUGGCCGACUUUAACAGUGAAAGAAGGUACGCGCUGUAUAAAAGGUUCUAUAUCGGGGACGAAGCGAGUGGAUACCGUCUCCAUUUAGAGGACUACGAGGGUACAGCAGGUGAUUCACUUUUAAAACGCCACAGCGGAUACCAGUUUUACACAAAAGAUCAUGAUGAUUCGCAUGGAUGUGCCAACUUAUACAAAGGAGGUUGGUGGUAUAAUAAUUGCCAUAGUUCUAAUUUGAAUGGACUGUAUCUAACUGGAACCCAUCAGUCAUACGCAGACGGUAUCAACUGGAAUGAUUGGCAUGGAUACCAUUACUCCUUGAAGACCACGGAAAUGAAAAUAAGAAGACUUUAAUCUAGAAUAUGCUUGCUUAUUUUUUACUUUGAAUUUAUAUUGUUUUACAACCAUUUCAUUCAAUAAAGAUUUUUUUAAAAUGA